AUGAAAUUCAUUUCUGUGCUAACAACAGUGGCGGCGAUCCCUUUCCUCAAAUGUGUCGAAGCAAUUGACAUAGACAACGGGCUUACACAUGACGGAACGACAACAUACUGCAUGGGCGUAUCAGCCGUCAAUGGUUCGGUGGGCACGCUCACUUUCGAAUCGCUUGAAGCUAGUAACGUUGGUCGCUGUCCUGUGGGUGUCACUCUCACACUUACAGCCCCAGAUUUCCGCGUGGAUGACCUUAUCACUGUCAAAUGGGCGGCAAAGAUGAACUCAGGUCUAGCAAAUGCCAUUUUUCCGAACGCCAUUGAUGCAGCCACAAAACUUCCUGGUGCCGUGCUAAUGUCGUCGCUGUUCGCUUGCACGUUCGGAACCAAUUGUGCAACAAACGUCGGUGGUACACCCACAGGCGCCGAUGGCACGAGCACUGGCCCUUUUUCCCCGGAUGGAACCAAGUCGCUAGAGACGAACACGUUUUCUCUCAAGCUCGCUGGUGAUUACAUCAUUGCAGGCCUAGUCUCUCUGCCCGGUGAUAGUACGCUGGACCUUUCAGCAGAAGAAUAUAUUGUUUUCAAGAAGAUUAGUGUCAUGUCCGCCAACCCAUCGAUGCCCACAUCAGAUCCUUCGGCUCCAUCGCCUGACAGUAUGAAUGCCAGUGAGACUGCGCCGAAGAAUGACUUGGACAAGCAAAACGCGAACAAAGAGUCAAAUGCAAACGAAGGAGCUAACUCCGACCCCUUAAACGAGCCGACAUCUCCGGCUGUGACAAGCUCCAAUGAGAAAACCAAAGAGACUAAUGCAAUUGACCCGGGAGUGGUUAAGUCAGCGUCAACCUCUAGUGGCAAACACAAUUUUUUCAAAGAUAACGGAAUGAUCUUUGUCGCCGUAGGAGUAGGCUGUUGUGUAAUUGGUUUUAUAGCUUUUGCCUUCGUCAUAUGCCGUCGCAAAGAUCAACGUAUGCAAGGUAAGGGCUCCCUACCUAGCGACAUGGAUGAUCAUGGUGGCAAGGUUGAUCUCACUUACGCUGCUAACAUAACCGCUCGUAACAAGAACAACGGAACAACGACAAUGAUGGAAGAGGAAUCGUCCGUCGUAAUGAUGCCUUCGGCCGAGCGAGGAUCAGAGCUUGCAGCACACUCUCUCCCCAAGAGCAGUCUGGAUACCGAUGAGUAUUCGGACAAGGCGAGCUAUGGUGCUUUGGGCCACGGUAACAGAAUCCAGAAAGAUACCUUUCGCGUCAGCAACAUAUCCUCUGUUGCUGGCCAAAGUGAAGCAUCGAUGUCCAAUUUCGGAGACUCAAUUGUGUCGGCGAGACAGAAACAGUACUUGCAGCCAAAUGAUUGGAACGAGCCAGCUCCGGCGAACAGGAGAUCCCGUCUUCAAUCGAAUGAAAAAUCGACUCAGAGGAAGAGCAGUUUUGGAGGACACAGCACAGUUAGCAGAUACUCCGAAGAUAAGACGUCACGUGUAACAGACACAAGCGACCAUGACUCGAACCGCGGCCUUGGUUUUUCAAUGUCCUCUCGCCCUACUGACGCUCGCUUCACUGAAGACUACCAUGUGACAGAGGAGCAACACGAUACCGAAAAUUUUCAUACUGCUGAUUUUUCGAAAGCCAUGGGCCAGUCCCGACUGCAAAGUGAGGUGUCGGUUGACUCAUAUGGCUUCCGAACCUCGCGCUCCAGUGUCGAUUCAUACAGCUCCGGUAUGUCAUCUUACAGCCGCGAAGGCUCGCGCAUUAGUCGUUUCAGUGCUGCCUCGAGUUUGGACCGAUCCAGUGACAUCAGCCAGUACUAA